AUGGAAAAGUUUAAUCAUACUGUGACUGAGUUCAUCCUGGUGGGUUUCACCCAGGACCCUGCAAUGCAGCUGGUGCUCUUUGUGUUUUUCCUUAUGGUAUACUCUGUGACAGUGGUGGGAAACAUCACUCUGUUGGUCUUAAUCUGUACAGACUCCCAGCUGCACACCCCCAUGUAUUUCUUCAUUGGGAACCUGUCUUUUCUGGAUUUCUGGUAUUCCACUGUUUAUACCCCCAAAAUCAUGGUGACUUGUGUGUCUGAGGACAAGAGCAUCUCCUUUGCUGGGUGUGUGGCUCAGUUCUUCUUCUCGGGUGGACUGGCAUAUAGUGAAUGCUACCUGUUGGCUGCCAUGGCAUAUGAUCGUUACAUGGCCAUCUCCAACCCAUUACUCUAUGCCCAGGCCAUGUCCCCAAGGGUCUGCGUAGGUCUUGUGGCAGCUUCAUAUCUUGGAGCCUUCACUAACUGUGCCAUCAUUACACAUGAAACAUUCAUCAUGACUUUCUGUGGGGAUAAUGUGAUUGAUGAUUUCUUCUGUGAUCUACCACCCCUUGUGAAGCUGGCAUGUGAUGUGAAGGACAGUUACCACAUUUUGCUUUAUUUCCUCUUGGCUUCGAAUGUCAUUACACCCACUGUAUUCAUCCUGGCUUCAUAUAUCUUCAUCAUUUCUGCUAUCUUGAAGAUACGCUCCACCCAGGGCCGACAAAAAGCCUUUUCUACCUGUUCCUCUCACUUGAUUUCUGUUACCUUAUACUAUGGCUCUAUUCUCUACAUUUAUUCUCGCCCAAGUUCUAGUUAUUCUCUAAAUCGUGACAAAAUUGUCUCCUCAUUUUACACUGUGGUUUUCCCCAUGUUGAACCCCAUGAUCUACAGCCUGAGGAAUAAGGAUGUGAAAGAAGCCCUGAAGAAGCUUUUCAUGAAGAUGACGUCCUGA